AUGGAACGGUUUUCGAAACUGAAAGAUUCGCUUGUCUUAUACCUAAGUGCUAAUCCAAUCGCUAUAAUCUCCCCAGAAGAUUGGAUGAAUGUUUUAAAAUUUGUGCAAUUAAUGAAACCUUUUGAAGAAAUUACGAGAAACUUAAGUAAUUCUGAAGUGAGUAUUUCAUCAGUCAUACCUUUGAUUCAAGUUCUUAUGACUACAAUACAACAAGAAGAGACGAAACCUGAUACUUCAGAACAAUUCCAGAACUUCACAAGAAGAUUACGCGAUGAAUUGAACUCAAGUGCGCGAUUUGGAGAACUGAGCAAAGACUAUAAAUACACAAUUGCGAAGUAUUUAGAUCCGCGAUAUAAAUCUAACUUUUUCACCAGUAUCACUGUGGAGCAGGUGGAGUCUAAAAUAUUAAACAUGGCGAUCACCAGAACCAGAGUUCAAGAGUUCCACUUGCGAUGA